CGACGCUCCCACAAUACCAUUACAGUCUCUCGCACGAGCCUCUUGUUUAUUCUUUUCUUGUUCGAGUUUUAUAUACCCCAUAAUACAACAUGUCUCGCGCAGCAAAACUUGCGGAAUUGCGAGCAUUGCGCGCUGCUGGCAAGACGCGCCUAUCCACGUACGAAGUCGCCGAAGAGGAGGAUCUGUACGAUACAGUCGACGAUGAAGGUUACAAGAAAAUUGUACGAAAUAGGCUAGACCAGGACGACUUCAUCGUAGACGACAAUGGCGAGGGCUACGUCGACGACGGCAGAGAAGAGUGGGAUGAUGGCCAGGGCCGCUACAAAUAUGCUGCCACAGACAGCGAGGAAGAUGACGAGCGGCCCAAGGGCAAGACCGCUAAGAGAAAACGUGAAGAAGACGCGGAGAAACAGGAGAAGAUCAACAAUGGCAUCAGCAAGUACUUCAGCGCGAAGACAGCAGCAAAGGCCCCAAAACCGAAGCCCGUCGCCAGUGCCGCCGAUAAUGAUUUCAUGGACGAUCUGCUUGGCGAAAUCAACACGAACAACGCCCGCCGUUCUGCACCACGCAUGCGCCCCAUAAAGGCCGAAGCUCGAAGGAAGACUCGAGUGUUGUCACCACCAGUAUCAGAGAACCGACCUGCUGCUAAGGCAAGACGGACCAACGACUCUGAUUCAUACAUAUCCGACACGCCGCCAGCAACGAACACAUACGCAGACGACGAUGACAUGCCUACAUUCAACGACGACGAUGUACCUAUGAGCGAUGCAGUCUUGCCAUCAUCACCCGUCACCAAGGCCGUCGAACGAAAAUCGAAGCCUAUAGUGAAGUUUGAGGAUGAAGAGGAGGAUCUGAUGGAAGUAGCUCUGCCAACUGGACAUGACGGUGUGCCUGUGGCUAGCGUGAAUAUGGCUGGAAGACGCCCCAUAGCCAAGAUCAAGAAAGCAGACUACCCUACACCAGCCAGCUCAUCUCCAGUAGGACCCUCCACAGCCUCGAUAGAUGCAUCUUCCUGGAACGACGUCACAAGUAAGCUCAACGUUAUGAGCAGUCCGGCUCCACAAAUUACAGGUGUGGGGAAGAUGAAUGCAGAAGCAGUACUAGAGGAGGACGGUAGUCUCCACAUGUUCUGGACCGAUUACACAGAGAUAAACGGCAGCUUGUGUCUCUUCGGCAAGGUCAAAGACAAGGCAACAGGCGGAUACGCAAGUUGUUUCGUCAAAGUCGAUAACGUCUUCAGGGAGCUCUACUUCCUGCCACGUGAGUACCGCCAUGUCAGAGGCGUAGCCACGGACCAAGAAGUCGAGAUGAGCGAUGUCUACGAAGAGGUUGACUCGAUCAUGUCGAAACACCGAGUCACGAUGCACAAGAUCAAGCCCUGCACAAGGAAGUAUGCAUUCGAGUUGCCAGACGUGCCUAAGGAGGCAGAUUACCUCCAGCUGCUGUAUGGCUACGAUAAAAUGCCUCUUUCUGCCGAUUUGACGGGAGAGACUUUCUCACGAGUCUUCGGCACGAACACCUCUCUCUUCGAACAGUUCGUUCUCGGAAAGAAUGUGAUGGGUCCUUGCUGGCUGAAGAUUGACGCUGCGGACUGCGGUGCGAUCCACAAUGCCUCGUGGUGCAAGCUCGAGGUGUUGGUCGCUAAACCCAACAACAUUACAGUUCUAAGCAACUCAGACAACCUCGAUGCUCCUCCUAUGACUCUCAUGAGUCUGUCGCUGCGCACGACUUUCAACGCAAAGGACAACAAACAAGAGAUCCUCAUGGCAAGCGCUAUGAUCUACGACAAUUUUUCGCUUACAGAUACGACCUCGAUCGACGAGAUGCCAUGCAAGAGCUUCACCAUAAUGCGACCAAACGGCGCCGCUUUCCCAGUUGGGUUCCAGCCCGAAGUGGCGAAACUUAAGGGCAACUUUUCGCUCAUGAAGACUGAAAAGGAGCUGCUCAGCUUACUCAUGGCUAUGUUCCAGCGACAUGAUCCGGACGUGCUCAUCGGUCAUCGUCUGGAUGACGUGGACUACAGUGUUCUGCUCAACCGUCUGCGCGAGAACAAGACCCCGGGAUGGCACCGAGUGGGCCGUCUCAAGAGGAGUGACUGGCCAAAGAGCUUUGGAAAGGGCGGCGGCAGCUUCUUUGCUGAGAAGCAGCUGGCUGCUGGUCGCUUGCUGUGUGACUUGGCCAACGAUCUCGGAAAGUCUCUCAUGACCAAGUGUCAGUCUUGGAGCCUGGACGAGAUGUGUCAGCUAGUUCUCAAUAAGCGACGCGAGGAGCUGGAUAACGAAGCUGCGCUGAAGAGCUGGGCGACCACCAAGGAGGGAUUGCUGAACUACGUCAAGCACUGCCAGGCUGAUGCCUACUUCAUCGCCGCCAUUUCGAUGAAGGUGCAGAUGCUCCCUCUUACCAAGGUCCUGACGAAUCUUGCUGGCAACUCGUGGGCUCGUACACUAAGCGGUACCCGCGCUGAGCGGAACGAGUACAUUUUGCUCCAUGAAUUCCACAAGAACCAGUACAUCUGCCCUGACAAGCAGUGGGGUAAGGGUAAAAUCAAGGUUGAGGAAGAGAACGCAGAAGGUGAAGAGGGUGUCGAUGCGAAGAAGAAGGACAAGUUCAAGGGAGGUCUUGUCUUCGAACCUGAGAAGGGUCUCUACGACAAGUUCAUCCUGGUUAUGGACUUCAACUCUCUCUACCCAAGUAUCAUUCAGGAGUUCAACAUCUGCUUCACAACAGUAGAACGAUCUGACUUGGCUGAGGAUGAAGACCAGGUGCCCGAGGUACCCACAAAUCAAGACCAGGGUAUCCUCCCUCGUCUCAUUGCUACUCUUGUAUCUCGCCGUCGUGAAGUCAAGAAGCUCAUGAAAGACAAGUCAGCUACGACAGAUCAGCUGGCCACCUGGGACAUCAAGCAACUCGCCUUGAAGCUCACUGCCAACUCCAUGUACGGAUGUCUGGGAUACACAAAAUCACGUUUCUACGCGCGACCGCUUGCCAUGCUCACCACAUACAAGGGUCGUGAGAUUCUGCGAAGAACGAAGGACAUGGCCGAAGAGAAGAUGCUCCGCGUCAUCUACGGUGACACUGACUCCGUCAUGAUCAACACCAACGCCGACAACAUCCAGGAUGCGCUCAAACUUGGCAAUGAGUUCAAGAAGGAAGUCAAUGACAGCUACAGAUUGCUGGAGAUCGACAUUGACAACGUAUUCCGCCGCAUCCUACUGCACGCCAAGAAGAAGUACGCCGCCAUCAACAUGGUCCCCGUUGACGGCAAAUAUAUCGAAAAGCUCGAAGUGAAGGGUCUCGACAUGAGGCGCCGAGAGUACUGUGCCCUCUCUAAAGAAACCUCAACUGAGCUCCUCAACUUCCUGCUCAGCGGUGAAGACCCCGAAACCGUCGUCGAGAAGAUUCAUAACCAUCUACGAGAUUUAAGCAAAAAGAUGCGCGAGUACACGAUACCCACCCGCAAGUAUACCAUAUACACGCAGCUGGGAAAGAACCCAGACCAAUACCCCAACGGCGCGUCCAUGCCCAGCGUCCAAGUCGCCCUACACCUCCAGGCCAAGGGCAAGCAUGUCAAAGCGAAGGACGUCAUGUCCUUCAUCAUCACAGGCGACUCCUCCGGGUCCGCAGAAAAUGCGGCAAAGAACGCCUAUCCCGUUGACGAAGUGCUCAAGCCCGGCAGCGAGCUGAAGCCGGACAUCGACUAUUACCUGCACAAGCAGAUCCUGCCUCCUGUGGAACGUCUAUGCGCGCCCAUCAGCGGGACAAACAUCACUAUGCUAGCAGCCUGUCUCGGGUUGGACACGUCCAAAUACCGUGUCUCAACAACCACCUCGGGUGUGCAGCAGGAUACUGAGAUCCACCCCCUCGAGAGCCAGAUCCCAGAUGCGGUCCGCUUUGAGAAGUGCAUACCCUUGUUCCUCCGCUGUCGUACCUGUGCGUCCGUGAGUCCGUUCCACGGCGUUGCGGAUGCGAGGACUAGGACGCUGAGCCACCAAGGCAUCGUCUGUGCAAACACAGAGUGUGCCACAGUGCUCCCAACAAUCAGUGUCGUCGCGCAGCUUGAGAGCCAGAUCCGGCAGCUCCUCGCCCGCUACUAUGAAGGCCUAGUGGUGUGCGACGACCCGGCGUGCGGUGCCUGCACACGCUCCAUCUCUGUGUAUGGCUCAAGAUGUCUCGGGCCGAAGGGCCUGGCGAAGGACUGUUUGGGCAAGAUGCAUUACAAGAUCCGCGAGAAGGAUGUCUGGAACCAGCUGCUGUACCUGCAGUCGCUCUUUGACGUUGAGAGGGUGGGCAGGGCGGAUAUGGGCGAAGUGGGCGAGAGGAGAGAGAAGAUGAAGGUCCUUGCCGAAGUGAAUCGCGAGAGGUGCGAGACGUUGAAGGGCGUAGUUGGGGGCUGGUUGGAGAGGAAUGGACGGCAGUGGGUGCAGAUGGACAGUCUGUUUUCUUUUGCGCUCAAGUGAACGAGUUGAGUUCUGUUUUGUUGUUUUGGGCUUGGUUAUCAGCGGGCGUUGCGGUUUCUGUCUCGUUAAACGGCGAAUGUUGGGUAUAUAGUGCAUCUGGGUGUUGUUGAAUGUCAGUUUCCGUUUGUUAAGAGACUUUGCUUGACCGGGAG